ACCGACCACCGCCUGACCGCGGUGGGGAGGUGCAGUUGAGCGCACAGAGGAAAAGCCGGACUCAAGCGCAAGCUCUUCUCUCGCGAGGAAGGACGCCAUUAUCGCCAUCCCUACAAACAACACGAGAAUUCAUCAUUCACACGACUUGAAUGAUGUCAGAGCAGGAUCUGGUGGAGAUAGUUCAGAUAGCUGUGGGAGACCUGAAUCAUGAAGACCAUGACGCAGACACACUGGAGAACCAUGAGGAGGGAGAGAAGCCCGAGAGGAAGCGUGCAAGGUUGGACAGCAGCAAUCAGGACACGACCCUCAAAUCGAUGUUGGUGUCCAUCAGCCAGGCCAUCUGCCAGAGGCUGGACAACAUGGAGUCCAAACUCCAGGUGCUGGAGGCCACAUGUCGAGCCCUGGAGGAGAAACUCGACACGGUAAUGGGGAAAAGCCCGGGGCCCAUACAGGUCCCUAUGGUGGCUGGAUCCCCUUUCGGUGCCACACAGACCUGUGACAAAGUUCGCUGUGUGGUGCCCCAGACCAAUGUGGUAGUGAGUGGCGAGCGAUCGAAGACAGGCCAGGAAGAACCUCUGCCCCGCGCAACAGAAUCUCUGGAGAACCUACUUAGCAAUACGGUUGGGAGGGGGAGACAGAAAACCAUCGUACUGAAGGUCCCGGGUCCAGAGGAGAGCCAGGACGACCAUGAUAGUGGUUCAGAGGCCAGCGACUCCGUGUCCAACAGCGGCCAGGCCUCGGUGCAGAACAACAACGUCACACUCAUUACCCUCAACUCAGAAGAGGAUUACCCGGCGGGAACGUGGCUGGGCGAUGAGAAUAACGCGGAGAUGCGUGUGCGCUGCCCCGUGUCCCCGGCCGACAUGUUGCACAUCAGCAGCAACUGCCGCACGCCAGAGAAGAUGGCGCUCACGUUACUCGACUACUUGUUCCACCGCGAGGUGCAGGCCGUCUCCAACCUGUCAGGCCAGGGCAAGCAUGGCAAGAAGCAGCUGGACCCGCUCAUGAUCUACGGCAUUCGCUGUCAUCUGUUCCACAAGUUUGGCAUCACUGAGUCGGAUUGGUACCGCAUCAAGCAGAGCAUCGACUCCAAGUGCCGCACGGCGUGGCGACGGAAGCAACGGGGCCAAAGCCUCGCCGUCAAGAGCUUCUCCCGCAGAGCGCCUGCUGCCCGCACUAGCUCAGAGGGAGUCUCUGUAACAGAGGCAGCAUCUAUAGACAGCUCUACCCAGCAGGCAUUGCAGUACGCUCUGGCUGGGGCAGCCCAGCAGGUCCAGAUCCAUCGCAUAGGAGAAGAUGGACAGGUGCAAGUAAUUCCACAGGGGCACCUCCACAUAGCUCAGGUGCCACAGGGAGAGCAGGUACAGAUCACACAGGACAGUGAGGGGAAUCUGCAGAUCCACCAGGUUCAUGUCGGGCAGGAUGGACAGGUUUUGAGAGGGCCUCAGCUCAUUGCAGUAGCCUCUGCUGAUGGGACAGGGGCAGUGGAAGCGUCUCCUUUGCAGGGCAGUGACAUCCAGGUCCAGUAUGUGCAGUUGGGACCUGUCACCGACCACACAGGAGCUGUGCAGAUCCCCAGACCCCAGCCACACGGCCUCCCUCCCUCCAAGCUUGGCCCUCCCGGAACGAAUGUCUCCGCAUGAGAAACCCAUGUUCAGUGUUGGAUGGAGACAUGGGUAUGCUGGAGAGACAGCUCGAACAUGCCUUACCCCAUACGGGGAACGACGCGCUGCUCAGCCUGUUGGGCUGUGGCUGGAAACGCACUUAAUGAGUUAUUGUGAGUAGAAAGUGCAUGUGAUUCUGGAUAUCUACUCUACAGCUCUGUUUUGAGGUCCAACCAAUAACCGACGUUUCUUCAGUUGCUUGUUUUAACUUUGAAUCACAGCAGUCUUGAAAGUGUGUGUGUGUGUCUGUGUGUGUCUGUGUGUGUCUGUGUGUGUCUGUGUGUGUGGGCCGGUAUUCCAGGUUGUAGAACCUCUGCAGCUUUGAACUUACCCUUGCACUUCAGCUGUGCCCUAACUGGCCCGUUUCCAUGGGGUCGUGAGGUCACCACAGCUAUGCAGUCUCCACACUGUAUAAAUUGCAGAAUUAUGAGAAUCACUCUCAUCUGUCUCACCAAACAUGUGGUAGUGCUUACAUGAGCCAAAAAUUGCUCAUUUCUUUUUAUUUAUUUACCCUGGCAUUUUUUAAUGUUUUUUUUUUAAUAUACUUUUUUAAAUAGUUUCCAUAACACCCACUGGGUCAGAAAAGAACAAAAUGGACAGAAAGAAUGUUUCCGGACAGGAAGUGCAGUUCCCUAUACAGCGCCGAUGAACUGUAACAGACAGAGUGGUGCUGAAUGAUACUCCCCUGCCCUUCUGCCGGGUCAGCAGCGGGUCAUGACAGCUGGCCCGGAACUCGCUGGAGCUCAGUUCAGAGAUGUGCGUGUGUGUGCCAGACGGAGAACAAGGCACAGUGUCUUCUCAUCACACCAGUCGCAGAGCAUCUGAGGACUAAUUUUCAUGUAUUUAAAAAAAACAAACAGAAAGCUAAAGGAAGGUAGGCUCGCUACCAAAAUCAUUCACAAGACUAAUUCCACGUCUAGUGCUUUAAGAUGUUUUCAUCAUCGCCCUCUUGUGGAGCAAGCAGGAUUCAGGAUUUGGCACAGAAGACUUGGCACACAAAUCACACCCAUUGUGUGAAUAAUGUCAAAACAUCUAUGUUUUAAGACUGUGUGGCUUUGGGGACUGAAGUGUAGGCAGUGCUGGAUCAGUGCUGUGUUACAGCCACAGCUGUGUGUGUGUGUGUGUGUGUGUGUGUGUGUGUGUGUGUGUGUGUGUGUGUGUGUGUGUAUGUGAGAGAAUGAGAGAGAGAGUGAGACAUUAAGAGGCCUUGGUGGGAGGCGGUGUCUGGGCCAUGUUCUCCAGUGUAGGCUGUCUCUCUGCGCUAUGCAGGUGUGUAGUUGAGUCCCCUGGCAAGUGUGAGGAAGGACUGACUCAUUGGACACACUGCACUCUCACAUGUGACUCAUCCUGGUCCCUUUUGGUCUACCUCACACGCUCUAUUUUGAUUUGGUUGAUGGUGAUAAAGCAGAGCCUUAAUCUGAUCUCUCUGCAGUUCUGUUCAAUACAGCUGAACUUUACUGUUGUUCUUGUCAGAUAAUCCAGUAUUGAAAAAGUGUCAGAAUGGCUGAAGAAUGAUGAUGGCAACGGUGAUGAAAGUGAAUGAAUGGGGAAUAUGUUGUACUAACAGUAGCAAGUUUUCUUAUAUAACAAAGUACACAGUACUGUCUUUGUGUUUUGUAGUCUUUUCUUUUUUGAUUAUGUCUCUACGCCCGGAAAUGCGGACCUGUCUGAUUUGAUCACGAUUUCCAUCCAUCUUUCUGUCUCCCUCUCUCUCUUCUUCCAUCUCUCUUGUGUCUCUCUAUC